CACUUAUUUCAAUGGAAAGGUGAUGAAGCACGUUCGCGAUCUCGAAUCUCCGGCGAUGUCAACGGCAAAAAUAUUGUUUCGAAUUGUAUUCUGUUAACUAUUUUCACCGCAUAUAAAUAUAAUAAAAAAAAAAAUACUAAAAAACACGAAUUUGAAUAGAAUCGUAUUCAAGGAAUAAAUGAAAUGAAAAUGUUCAUCAACAGCGGGAUUUUCAAAGAGGAAUAUAGGCGUCAGUUGUUGGCAUCCUUGAGCGUAACCAUGAUUUCACUAGCUCAUGGAAUUGGACUGGGCUGGCUGUCGCCCAUGUUGCCCAAAUUACAAUCGCCUACUGAUACUCCGAUUGAUUUCACCGUCAACGUAGAUGAGUCAUCAUGGAUUGGAGCAUUAAUAAGUGUGGGCGGAGUAAUAGGAAAUAUCACUUUUCUUUUGAUAUUCGACCGUUGGGGACGUAAAGCAGCUAUAUAUGGAUUAGCAAUUCCUCAUAUGUGCCUGUGGAUGCUUUUGUACUUUGCCGAAUCUGUCGAAUACCUGUAUGCGGCACGAAUAUGUGGUGGCUUAACGGGCGGAGGAGUGUUUAUAGUCAUACCAAUAUUUAUUAGUGAGAUUGCGGAUCCAUUAAUCCGAGGAAGACUUACCUCAAUAUUCUCGCUCUCCUUGAAUUUGGGCAUACUGUUUGGUUUCAUUGUGUCUUCGUACGUGCACUAUCACAUAAUUCCAUUGGUGGUUUUGCCGUUGCCAUGUCUGUAUUUAGUAGCCGCAAUUUAUUUUCCCGAUACACCACAAUUUCUUUUGCGAAAAGGUCGAUGUGCGGAAGCUCUCAAAUCAUUUUUAUUUUACAAAAAUAUCGCAUGCAAUAAUAAAGUCUCUGUCAAAGCCGAAACCCAACGACAGUUUGACGAUCUGAAAAUGUUAAUUGAGCAACAGCAGAAUCAAAAUGCAAGUAUAAGCAGCAGCGAUUUUCUUAACAAAAGAUCCAUGUUCGCCAUAUGUUCGGGUGUUGUGCUAAUGCUGCUGAAUAUGUUUUGCGGCUCUUUCGCAUUGGUCAAUUACAUGUCAAGCGUAUUCGCCGCAAUUAAGUCCGAGCUGCAUCCUGAUGUAAAUACUAUAAUUGUCGGCGUGGUACAAGUCAUUGGGACAUAUACGGCUACGAUUCUGGUGGACCGAUUUGGACGCAAAGUGUUAUUGCUGGUCUCAACUUCCGGCAUGGGUGUUGGUCUGGCUGCUUUCGGAAUUUACGCUUUCUUUGCCGAGGAAACAGAAGCCGAUCUUUCAUUCUACAGCCACUGGUUGCCACUCGUAUUGAUGGCGUUCAUAAUAUUUAUAGCUAAUGUUGGAAUUCUAUCGGUGACAGUUGUUGUGUUGGUUGAAAUAUUACCCUCAAAGAUACGAUCUAUUGCAUCCUCGUUUUGCCUGGCCCUCCUAAGCCUGUUUGCAUUUAUAUCACUUCGCAUAUUUCCCCUUUCGAUGCACUAUUUUGGAUUAUCGGCUACUAUGUGGUUUUGUGCCACCAUUUGCGCCUUUGGUCUAUUUUACAUUUCAAUAUUUUUGGAAGAAACAAAAGGAAAGCCAAUGGAAGGGAAUUAGACAAAUUUUCGAUAUUGACCUGUAGGUAUGAUAAUUAGUACAUUUUCACGUAUAUAUGAAAUAAAACAAUUAAAAAAAUGGAGUUUGGUGUGACUCUGAC